CCCCAACCUUUUUUAUUUACUGAAGUCGGUGCCUGAACAACCAACAAUAAAUCAACCGACUUUGUUACUCAACUUCUUGCCAAACCGAUUCGUCUCUCAAUACCCGACACCACCUAAUACAAACACAACAAGUGCUCAUCAAAAUGAGUUCCCACGCAGCCCGUGGCCAAGAAGCCCUGGGCAAAUCCGACUACCCCGCCGCCAUCGAGCACCUCACACUCGCCCUCAAAGAAAGCCCCUCACCACUCUGGCUCAUCCAACGUUCCACCGCCUACCAACGCACCAACCAACACGAGCUUGCCCUCGAAGACGCAAACAAUGCCGUCAUAGGCGCCGUCUCUCGCGCGCGUCGCGAACUCAUCGCUACCGCCGAGUUUCGCCGUGGGGUUGCGCUGUACAGUCUGGGACGUCUGGGCGAUGCGCGGUUGUGCUUCAAUUGGGCGCGCAAGUAUAAUGAGAAGGAGAAGGGACUGACGAUGUGGUUGGGGAAGGUGGCGAAGGAGUAUGAUGCUAAAGGGGGGGGGGGUGCGGAGUGUAAUAAGACGACGGUGGUGGAGGUUCCGGAUAAGAAGAAGGAGGUUAAGAAGGUGGAGAAGAAGGUGGAGGAGGUUAAGCCUGUUACGACUACGGCUGCGACGAAGACUGUUACUGCGACGCCCAAGGAGAAGAUUCGUCAGGAGUGGUAUCAGUCUACGAAUAGUGUCACUAUUGAGGUUUUCGCAAAGGGGGUCCCGAAGGAUAAAGCUGAGAUCUUGAUUGAGGCAGGAAGUGUAAGUCAAACCCUCUCUGUCUCUCCGAUACUUUUGAAGACGGAAUAUACUAAUUUACUCAUCCAGCUUGAAAUAACCUUCCCAGUCGAAACCUCAAAUAGCACGUACACUUACCACGCCUCCCCCCUCUUCUCCCCCAUCGACCCCUCCAAAUCCUCCUUCCGCAUCACCCCGCACAAAAUCGAGAUCAUCCUCCACAAGUCCCUUCCCGGCACCAAAUGGUCCUCUCUCGAAGGCACAACACCCAUCCCCUACUCCACCACCACCUCCACAAUCCCCAGCGCAAUCCUCAACCCGCCCAAAGUCGAAAAAGCACCCGUCUACCCCACCAGUUCCAAAUCCGGACCCAAGGACUGGGAAAAGCUCGGCGCGGACGAGGAAGGAGAAGAAGACGGCGAUGGAGUUGAUGAUUUCUUCAAGAAGCUGUAUAAGGAUGCGGAUCCCGAUACGAGACGCGCCAUGAUGAAGAGUUAUCAGGAGAGUAAUGGGACGAGUUUGAGUACGGAUUGGAAGGAUGUUGGGGCGAGGACUUUUGAGACGACGCCGCCGGAGGGGAUGGAGGCUAAGAAGUUUGAGAGUUGAUUAUCGUAAAACUCUACUUGGUUGACUCGGCCAGAGAGAAGUGGGUGUAGUGAGGAUGGAGUCACGGGGAAUGAGGAAUUGGGUUGGGAAUUGGGAGUUGCGAUGGUGAUGGCGAUCCUUGGGUUUAGUGAUUUUUCGCAACAGGCAUGGCGUUGGGAGGGGUACAAAAAGACUUGGUGUGCACUUCUUCUUUCUUUUGAUUUCUACAAAUGGCAUUCAUUGCGAUGCAUUUUCAUGGGUGCAGAUAGAUGUACUUAAGGCGUACUGUAUGUAUGUAGUAAGGAUGAAUACAAAUAAUGUUUUCUCGCA